AAUUAUGUAGAUUUGACAGAAUUGACAGUCACGUUUAUAAAUGGUUUUUUGUAAACAAUGCAUUCAGUUGCUUAGAAGUCUUAGAAUAUACUUUAACUGAUUUGAAACGAUAGAUAAACGAUUUUAUUGAAUUUAAGAAUCAGCAAAAAUGUUGCCUCUUUCAUUGCUCAGAACAGCACAAAAUCAUCCUAUGUUGGUGGAACUAAAAAAUGGUGAAACCUACAAUGGUCACUUAGUAAGCUGUGACAACUGGAUGAACAUUAACCUCAGAGAAGUAAUUUGCACUUCCCGGGAUGGUGACAAGUUUUGGAGAAUGCCCGAGUGCUAUAUCAGGGGCAGCACCAUAAAGUACCUAAGAAUACCUGACGAGGUUAUUGAUAUGGUGAAGGAGGAAACUCACACAAAGAACAAACAGGCUCGGGAUCAGAAAGGUGGACGAGGAGGACAACAUCAAAGAAACAGACCUGCGGCAAGAGGUAACUUUGGAAACAGGCAAAAUAAACCUGGUGGCCCACAAAAGUUGUUUCAGAAAAACAAAGCAAAGCCUACAUAAGAAUUUCUACAAAACUUAUAUUAGGUGUUUAUGACUACUAAGAAUCAAUGUGAUUUUUUUUAUUGUUUCUGACUUUAAUAUAUUUUUAUGUUGAUAGGCA